ACAUCCCCCUACAAAAGUCUAAAAUACACUCCAUUUAAACACCAACAAAAACCAUUAUAUUCACACCAAAAACAUGGCUUCAGUUCAUCAAAAAAUCCACCCAGCUCCAGACGUUGAAGCUCCACCACCAUCAUCAGCACCAUUAAUCCCACCCAACACCCUAAAAUCCGACAGCCACAACCGCGAUCACUACCCUCCUCCGCCAUCUCGAACCCUUCCUUCGGGCUACCCACUUCCCCCACCACCACACAAACGAUCAAAAAGAAGCUGCUGCUGCCGCACCUUAUGCUGCAUUUUAACAACUCUCCUUGUCCUCAUCAUCGCCAUCGGCGCCACCAUUGGCAUACUCUUUCUAAUCUUCCGUCCUAAAAUCCCUGAUUACUCCAUCCAAACCCUUAGAAUCACCCAGUUUUCUCCCAACUCCAACGACUCUAUCUCUGCUACUUUCGUCGUAAACAUAACUACACGCAACCCCAACAAUCGCAUAGGUAUAUACUACCUAGGUGGAUCCUCCCUCAGCGCUUACUACCGUAACACCCUUCUUUGCCAGGGCUCGUUACCGGCGUUUUACCAGGGCCAUCGAAACACCACGGCUAUCGACGUCGCGCUAACGGGUACAGUUAAUCAUGCUUCUGAGUUUUCUGCUACGUUGCAGCAGCAGCAGGCAGAGACUGGGAACGUUCCCUUAGUUUUAAGGGCCAGGGUUCCUGUAAGGGUUAAGUUGGGGAAGUUGAAGUUGAUGAAGAUGAGGUUUAGAGUUACGUGUGAAUUAAGUAUUGAUAGCUUGACUAGUAAUACUGAAAUUCGGGUUGCGAGUAGCAGCUGCAAGUUUAGACUCAGACGUAUUUUUUGAUGAAAAUAACUUGGAGGCCCUUUUUUUUUUUAUAUUCUUUCAACUACCUUCUUUUGUUUUUCUUUUAUCUUUUCAUAUGGAUUACCAUUUUUUUAUUUUGAGAUUUUUUUUUUUCCUUCAUGGAGCUUUUUUUUAGUUUACCAUUAAUGUAUAUGUUAAAUAAGGAUCAUUUGGAUGAUUAUUUAUGGAUCUUCGAUGGUAUGUAUUAUAAUUAUUAUUAU